AGAUUAGAGACAUAAUCGUGGUGAGACUGUUGAGGGAAAUUGGGUUAUGGAAAUUGAGUUUUUUUUUUGUAUUUUGGGAAGAAGAAUGAAGAAAAAGGAGUAAAGUAAAGAUAAAUGUUAAUUAAAUUAGGAGCUUAAGUUACGAUUAUGGAAGUGGUUCCUUUGUCUGAUGUUCAACAUGUUGAUGAAGAACAACAGCAACAACAACACCACUUUGAUUCUGCAACAAAAAUUUCUGCAACUUCUUUGUUCUAUGAUGGCCAAUCUUCUAACAACUGCAUCGAUCUUCAACCGCCGAUGCCAAAUGUUGAACUCAAUCACUUACCGCUGAAUCUUGGGGACCCUCAAAUUAACACCCAAUGUGAUUUUCAAGCCCCUCCUCAAUUUUUGCCUGCUUCCACCCACUGUAGUUCGGAUUCAUAUUCUAACUAUCUCAUGGAUGCCCAAAAACCAUCUUGUGCUUCUCCUGACUCUGAAUUUGAUGAUGCUAACACCGAUAAUUACUCUACUGAAUCUUGUUUAGCAUCUGAAAACUCUCGUAUAGUUGUGGACACUAUUGAGGAUGAUUUGCCUACCAAUAGUAAGCCGGAGGAGUUGUCUGUUUCGGGGCCACAGCCAAUGUGGUUGGAAGGGGAUGAAUCUGUGGCGCUUUGGGUGAAGUGGAGAGGAAAGUGGCAGGCAGGAAUUAGAUGUGCAAGGGCUGACUGGCCGUUAUCUACUUUAAAAGCCAAACCAACACAUGACAGGAAGAAGUAUUUCGUGGUCUUUUUUCCGCACACAAGGAACUAUUCCUGGGCAGAUGCGUUUCUUGUUCGUUCUAUUGAGGAAUUUCCUCAGCCUAUUGCUUACAAGAGCCACAAAGCUGGUCUAAAAUUGGUCGAAGAUGUAAAAGUUGCAAGGAGAUUUAUAAUGAAAAAACUUUCUGUUGGCAUGCUGAAUAUCAUAGACCAAUUUCACCUUGAGGCUCUAAUAGAGAGUGCACGUGAUGUAGUGACUUGGAAGGAGUUUGCCAUGGAAGCUUCACGCUGUAAUGGUUAUUCUGAUCUUGGUAGAAUGCUCAUAAAGCUGCAGAAUAUGAUAGUGCAGUGCUUCAUAAAUUCAGAUUGGCUUCAAAAUUCUUUGCAUUCUUGGGUACAAGGAUGCCAAAAUGCUCAAACUGCAGAAAUUAUUGAAAUGCUUAAGGAGGAAUUGGCUGAUGCUAUUUUGUGGGACAAAGUGAAGUCUCACGGUGAUGCACCAGUGCAGCCUACUUUUAGUUCUGUGUGGAAAACCUGGAAGCAUGAAGUUACAAAAUGGUUUUCAAUAUCUCCCACCCUUCCCAUUACGAAAGACAAAGAGCAGCAGACUGUUGAAGCUUUCUUAGCUACAGCUCUCCAAGUUAGCAGAAAGCGACCCAAGCUUGAAGUUCGUCGGGCAGAGGCACAUGCUUCACUGGUGGAAUCAAAGUGCUCAGAUCAAGCUAUGGCCCUUGAUAUUGAUUCUGGUUUUUUCAAUAACCAAAACAGUUUAAAUGCUAAAUUAGCAUCUGAAUCUCACAAAGGAGAGGCAAGAGAGAUUGCUACAUCAGCCGGUUCACUCAAUACUAUACCUGGCCGAUUGACUGGGAUUAUAGCUCAAACUGGAAAUUUGGAUCUAGCCUCUUGCAAGGAUGUGGAACUGAUGCCUCGAGCUGAAGUUGCUGCAGAAAAAUCCCUAACUUAUGGUAAUAAGAACAGACAAUGCAUAGCUUUUAUUGAAUCCAAGGGACGGCAGUGUGUUAGGUGGGCUAAUGAGGGUGAUGUUUACUGUUGUGUGCAUUUGUCCUCUCGUUUUACUGGCAACUCCGAUAAGAAAGAACAGACUCGUUCUGUCGAAUCGCCAAUGUGCCAAGGCACUACUGUUCUUGGAAGCAGGUGCAAGCAUCGAUCCUUGUUUGGCUCCUCAUUCUGUAAGAAGCACAGACCGAGGGGGGAAACAAAAACAGAGUCCACUUCCGUUGGAAAUAAGCUUAUUGAGAAGCAACAUGACAUUUAUAGUGUAGAAGAUGCCAGUAAUAAAGAAAAUCCCCUUGGGUUGGACGAGGGUGAUGUGACCAAUAAUGGAAACAGCUCGUCUGACAAGCUUGAACAUCAUGGAAAAGAUUCCAUCGCCUCAGAGCUUCGACAUUGUAUUGGGUCUUGCGAACAUAUUGACAGUAAUCCAUGUCUAGAAAGCCCAAAACGUCAUUCCCUUUAUUGCGAAAAACACCUACCUAGCUGGCUUAAACGGGCAAGAAAUGGUAAAAGUAGAGUAAUAUCGAAGGAAGUAUUCAUGGAUCUUUUAAGAGACUGUAACUCACAAGAGCCAAAAAUACAUUUGCAUCAAGCCUGCGAGCUAUUUUACAGGCUUUUUAAAAGUAUUUUAUCACUGAGGAAUCCAGUUCCUAUGGAGGUUCAAUUUCAGUGGGCACUUUCUGAAGCUUCUAAAAAUUUGGGAGUUGGAGAACAAUUUUUGAAAUUGGUUUGUCGUGAAAAGGAAAGAUUAAAAAGGAUAUGGGGAUUUGAUGCUGAAGAUGCACAACUUUCCUCACCUUCAAUGGGAGCAGCAACUUCAGGGGCAUUAUUAACUUCAGGUAAUUGCGGCGAUGAUAUGAGUAUCAGAUGCAAAAUUUGCUCAGAAGAAUUUCUUGAUGAUCAAGCACUCAGUGCUCACUUCAUGGAUGGUCAUAAAAAGGAAGCACAGUGGUUGUUCAGAGGUUAUGCUUGUGCCAUCUGCCUAGAUUCGUUCACCAAUAAGAAAGUUUUAGAAACUCAUGUGCAGGAGAGACACCAUGCACCAUUUGUUGAGCAAUGCAUGCUUCUGCAGUGUAUUCCUUGUGGCAGCCAUUUUGGGAAUUCUGAACAAUUAUGGUUACAUGUAGUUGCUGUUCAUCCAGUUGAUUUUAGAUUGUCAAAUUCUAGUAGGCGGCAGAAUUCUUCUUCUGGUGAGGAUUCCCCGGUCAAACCCAAGCAGUGUAAAAUAGUUUCUAAGGAAAAUGACAACAAGAAUGUAGGAGGUUUACGAAAGUUUAACUGUAGGUUCUGUGGUUUGAAGUUUGAUUUACUUCCUGAUCUCGGUCGUCACCAUCAAGCUGCGCAUAUGGGGCCAGGUUUAGUUAACUCUCGACCUGCAAAGAGGGGAUUUCAUUAUUAUUCUUAUAAAUCAAAGUCUGGGAAACUUGGUCAUCCUAGAUUUAAGAAGACUAAGGCAGGUGUGUCAAAUAGGAUCAGAAACAGAACAAAAGCUAGCAUGAAAAAACAUAUUCAAGCUUCAAAGUUACUAAGCACAGGAAGUGUAGAUCUUCAACCUCAUGUGUCCCAGUUAGCAAGUUCUCGUAAAUUAACCCAAGGUUCAAUUGUUGCCAAGGCAUUUGUUUCUGAGAUUCAGAAAAGAAAACUAUCUCCUACCAAUAUUGACAUUUUGUCUAUUGCUAGCUCUGCCUGUUGUAAGGUCAAUUUUAAAGUCCUUCUGGAACAGAAGUUUGGAGUAUUACCUGAGUAUUUUUAUCUUAAGGCAGCUGAAUUAUGCAGGGAAAAAGGCGAAGUUAACUGGUAUAUGAAGGGAUUUGUUUGUCCCAAAGGAUGUGAGACAUAUCCUCUUUUGAUGCCUCAUCGAAAUGGUUUUGGAGACAACAAGAAUGCAUGCACUCCUGAUCCUAGCAAAUGGAAAGAUCAUGGUUGCAGCUAUGUCAGUGGUUCUCACCUUUCAAGCCAGCAGUCUAGGGAAAAGACUGUUGUUUUGUGUGAAGAUAUAAGCUUUGGCCAGGAAUUAGUUCCUGUGGUCUGUGUAGCUGAUGAUAGUCAAAAUGUUGGAGACUCGGUGCCUUGGGAGAAUUUUAUCUACAUUAAGAAACCAUUGCUUGAUAAAUCCCUUGCCAUUGACACAGAGAGUCUGCAGUUCGGAUGUGCCUGCUCUCAUUUACUCUGUUCUUCCGAAACAUGUGAUCAUGUAUACCUCUUUAAUAGUGAUUACGAAGACCCAAAGGACAUUUAUGGGAAUCCCAUGCGUCGCAGGUUCCCAUAUGAUGAGAAUGGUCAAAUUAUUCUGGAGGAAGGUUACCUUGUCUAUGAGUGUAAUGAAAGGUGCAGCUGUAGUAGGACCUGUCCAAAUAGAGUGUUGCAAAAUGGAGUUCAAGUGAAACUUGAAGUCUUCAUGACAGAGACAAAGGGAUGGGCGGUGAGGGCUGGUGAAGCAAUCAUGCGUGGUACAUUUGUUUGCGAGUAUAUUGGGGAGGUGUUGGAUGAGCAGGAAGCAAACAGGAGACGUGACAAGUAUAACAGCGAAGGCAACUGCUAUUUCUUGGAUGUGGAUGCUCAUAUUAAUGACAUUAGCAGAUUAGUUGACGGAUCAGCCAGAUAUAUUAUUGAUGCCACAAAUUAUGGAAAUGUUUCGAGAUUCAUAAAUCACAGGUGGGCAGAGAUUUGUGUUCCUCAUAUUCUUUCCACUCGUUCAGACAUUUGUUGCUCACCAAAUCUUGUAACUUACCAAGUUCUUGUCGAAAGCAUGGAAUAUCAACGCUCACACAUUGGAUUGUAUGCAAACCGGGAUAUAGCUACAGGCGAAGAGCUGACAUUCAAUUACCGGCGUGAGCUACUGCCCGUAGGAAGUGGUUGUGAAUCUUCAAGUUGCUGAAAUCGUAUUUGAUGAACAUGUACAACCUAUCAUUCGAGGGAAAAAAGACCUGGAGCCUUAAAUUUUGGAACAAAGAGCAAGAGAAGUUCCGAGAGCACACAUCCUGCACUGUUUUAAGGUUCAUUCCCUCGUCUAGCCAAACAACUCCCUCACCCUGGAAAUCGGAAAAUGGCAAAACAAAUUUUCUGUACGUAGGAACUUGUUUCCGGUUGAAAAGAUGUCAAUGCCCUCUAACCUUCUCUAGUUUGUAGCUAUGGAUUUAUCUUACUUUCACUACUGGACCGUAGUUUAGCAAAUUGUAAAUGCUUUUUUCCAAAGUUUCAAGGAAGUUUUAGGAAUAAAUAUGUUCCCUUUUUCUUUUUC